AUGAAACAACAGCGGACCGCUUCGUCGCAACCGCGGCGGUGGUGCCGCCGGUGGACGGCCGUUGUAGCAGCCAUCGUCACCAUUUUCUCGGCCACAGACGGUGGCCACUCAGGGGCAGCUGCACGCCGCGUGUACACCGCACCGCUUGACGACACGGGCCGGACGGCCAUCUACUGGACGGUCGACUACGGGUCGCGGUCCGUCAAGUUCGAAGCGCACUUCGCGGCCGGCGGUGGCCCGUUCGACUGGCUGGCGGUGGGCUUCUCGGGCCGCGGCAACCACUCCGGAGCCGACUUCUGCAUCAUGUGGGUUGACUGGAAAGGCGUAACCGGCAUGUUGGAUACGUGGACAGACGACGCCGGAAGAAUUUCCGUAGAUGAGCGACAGGAUUGUGAAGAGUUUGAUGUUGCUCGAUUUCACGGAGGAGGUACUGCUUUGACAUUUACUCGAAAAUUUGAUACAUGUGAUGACGACCGCGAUUAUUUAAUCCAGGAUGGUACUACUCACCUUGUAUGGAUGGUAGGCGGCGGUCCACUAUUUGCAGUUGAAGGGCUGUUGGUGUCGCAGGCCAGAGCGAAGGGCAUGCAAAGAGUUCAGUUGCUAAAACCGGAAACACCUCAGGUCCGAUUGCCGGAUAAAGUGUCCAAAAUAGACGUGUUGGCUUCCAAGGUAAAGGUUCCCGCGGAAGAGACGACGUAUUGGUGUCACGUGAUGAAGAUUCCUCUGGAUUUAUCGUUCAAACAUCAUAUAGUUAGGUUUGAGUCGGUUAUUGACGAAAGUAGUCGAGGUGUAGUGCAUCACAUGGAAGUGUUCCAUUGCGAAUCCAGUGCUGGUACUCGGAUACCACUGUACAGUGGUCCUUGUUUUUCAGAAAAACGACCAUACAAGACACAAGUGUGCAAGAAAGUGAUGGCCGCCUGGGCAAUGGGAGCUGCUCCUUUCGUGUACCCUGAGGAAGCCGGUUUACCCAUCGGAGGUCCCGAUUUCAAUAGUUAUAUCAUGUUGGAGGUGCACUACAACAAUCCCGGGCUAAGAAAAGGCAUGGUGGACAGUUCCGGCGUACGAUUGUACAUAACGCCGGAAGUGAGAAAAUACGACGCCGGAGUGAUCGAACUGGGCUUAGAGUACACAGACAAAAUGGCCAUACCACCGAAGUUAGAGGAUUUCACGUUGAGCGGCUAUUGUAUUGCUGAAUGCACCGCAGUGAGCAUCCCUUCGGCUGGGAUUGAGAUCUUUGGUUCACAAUUGCACACCCACCUUACUGGCACCAUGAUCUACACGAAACACGUACGGGACGGACAGGAACUACCGGAACUCAACAGGGACAAUCAUUACAGCACACAUUUUCAGGAAAUUCGUUUACUACAUAAACCGGUGCGAGUGCUUCCUGGGGAUGCAUUAAUAACUACGUGUCAUUACAACACCGAGGACAGACAAAAUAUUACACUUGGCGGAUUCAGCAUUACCGACGAAAUGUGCGUCAACUACGUGUAUUACUAUCCGAAGAUAGAGCUAGAGGUAUGCAAGAGUUCAAUAAGCGACCAGAACCUGAAGAGCUAUUUUAAAUUUCUGAACGAGUGGGAGAGGCAGCGGACUUCGCCAGAGGGGGCGGUGAGCGUCAACUACAACGGGGCCGAGUGGACGCCGAUGCGGAGUCGAGUGCUGCACCAGGUGUACGAACAGAGCACGCUGUCCAUGCAGUGCAACAGGAGCACAGGCGAACGGUUCCCUGGCGACUGGGAGAACAGGCCGUCCACCAAAGUGCUGUACACGCUGCCGCCGCCGGCCAGGAGCUGCAAUAGAGUUACGCCGUCCUCAUAA